AAACACUUCAGUCAUGUCCUGGCCUUAAUGUUUGCUAUAGAAGAAAUCAACAAGGACCCCGAUUUGUUACCCAAUGUUACCCUAGGAUUCCACAUCUAUAACACCUACCCAAGUGAUGUCAGCACCUUGGAGAGCUCCUUAAUGUGGCUGUCAGGACAGGGACUGCCUGUUCCAAAUUAUCACUGUCAGAAGCAGGGCAAGUCUGUGGCUAUCAUUGGAGGAGCCACUUCUGAAUUGUCAGUCCAAAUGGCUACCCUUCUUGAGUUGUUCAAAUACCCACAGAUCAGCUAUGGACCAUAUGAUCCCAUCUUGAGUGACAAGGCCCAAUUUCCAAGUAUUUAUCAACUGGCACCCAAGGAGUCCAAUCUUACCUUGGGAAUGGUACGAUUAAUGGUGCAUUUCAACUGGACAUGGGUGGGACUGGUUAUCUCAGACAAUACGAGGGGAGAAACAUUCCUCUGGAAUAUAAGAGAAGAGAUGGCCAGGAAAGGUGUCUGUGUAACCUUUACAGAGAAGAUUCCUAGUACUGAGAAAUUCCCUUUUUCUUCCUAUUAUAAAAUCAUGCCAAGAAUUGAUAAAUCUUCUGCCAAUGUUAUUGUUAUUUAUGGCAAUACUAAUUCACUAAGGACUCUGCAAUAUGCACAAAUGACUUACCUAAUACUUAAAAAACUGUGGAUUACCACCUCUCAUUGGGACAUAACCAUAAGACCUCAUUAUAAUAAAUUCAGUAGUUUCAAUAGAGUUCUGAUAUUUUCAGGUCAGACAAAAGAGAUUCCAAAUUUCAAAACUUUUCUAAGAACAGUUAAACCAGCCAAAUACCCAGAAAAUAUUUUCCUUAAAAAAUUUUGGAAGUCAGCUUUUAAUUGUCCAAGUGAAUUUAAGGAGCCAAAGCGAGAUUGUGCACCAAAUGCUUCACUAGACAUGCUGCCUUUGUGGUAUUUUGACAUGUCGAUGUCUAGUCAGAGUUACAACAUCUACAAUGCUGUUCAUGCGGUGGCCUGGGCUCUACAUCAAUUACUCUUAACUAAAUCAGAACUUAGAGAUGAAGACAGUCUUGUUAUGUAUCCCUGGAAGUUGAAUUCUCUUCUUAGGGACAUCCAGUUCAACAACAGUGCUGGUGAACAAAUAUUCAUAAAUGACAAAAAGCUCUCUGAGGCAAAGUAUGAUAUUAACAAUUUUGUGGACUUCCUUAAUGGUACACAACACAUGGUGAAGGUGGGAGAGUUUAUUCCUCAAGCUCCUCUUGGUGAAGAUUUUUCUAUCCAUGAGAAUGUCAUAAUGUGGAAUGAAUAUUAUAAAAAGACUCCCCAAUCAGUGUGCAGUGAGAGUUGUGGCCCUGGAUAUCAGAAAUCUGCCCGUGAAGGAGAGCCCAUCUGCUGCUUUGACUGUAUCCUCUGCCCAGAGGGACAGAUUUCCAAUCAGAUUGAUAUGGAUCAGUGCAUCAUGUGUCCUGAAGAUGAAUAUCCAAACAAGGAGAGAAAUUGCUGCCUCCCCAAGGUGGUGACCUUUUUGGCCUAUGAGAACCCCAUGGGCAUGACUCUGGCCUGCACAGCUCUGAUCUUCUGUAUUCUGACAUUUCUUAUCCUUGGCCUCUUUGUGAAGCAUCAAGACACCCCCAUAGUGAAAGCCAAUAAUAGAAAUCUCAGCUACGUCUUGCUCUUCUCCCUAAGUCAGUGUUUCAUGUCUUCUUUACUCUUCAUGGGUAAGCCUACCUCAGCCACAUGUCUCCUUCAACAGACAAUAUUUGGAAUCACAUUCACAAUGGCUGUGUCCUCCAUUUUGGCCAAAACAGUCACAGUAGUUCUAGCCUUCAAAGCCACAAGACCAGGGAGUAGGAGUAGAAAGUGGGUGGGCUCCAGAGCCCCCAUUUCUAUUAUUCUUGUCUGCUCCCUGAUUCAAGGCAUUCUCUGUGGUAUCUGGCUCUUGGUUUCUCCCCCAUUCCCAGAUAUAGACCUACACUCAGAACCUGGACACAUGAUCCUCAAGUGCAAUGAGGGCUCUCUCAUUGCCUUCUACCUUGUCCUGGGCUACAUGGGAUUCUUGGCCCUGGCAAGCUUCAUUGUGGCUUUUUUGGCCAGAAAUCUCCCUGAUACCUUCAAUGAAACCAAGUUCAUCACCUUCAGCAUGCUUGUGUUCUGCAGUGUCUGGGUCUCUUUUCUACCCACGUACCAGAGCACCAAAGGGAAAUCUAUGGUGGCUGUGGAAGUCUUCUCCAUCCUGAGCUCUAGUGCUGGUUUACUGGGCUGUAUCUUCAUUCCCAAGUGCUAUGUGAUUCUUCUCAGGCCACAAUGGAACACUCAGGAAGUGGUAAAUCUUAAAUCCUAUUCCAGGAGAAGGAAUCACUCUAAGACAUUUUCUCCUGCCUCCUAG